GACGAAGCUGCGGAUGUGAAGGACGACUGGGAGCCGGUAUUGGAGCUCGCUGCUGACGAUAUUGAGCUAACCCGGGGUGACGAACUACUCGAAGAGUAUGCCUGUGGAUGCUGCGGCAAAGGCAGAGAGGGCAAUCUCUCGCUCACAUACAACGGACGCUGGGCAGCGUGGGCGUUGUAGUAAGGCACUUCGGUCGGACCCCGGGUUUGCACUUGCGAGAUCGACGGGAGAUCCAGCUUUUCGGUAUUUCCUGGAAACUCCGCAGGUUGAGUUUGCGAUUGAAAAGUCGACAGGAGUCACACGCCGUGACUCUGUCGGACAGAAGAUUGGGGAGUGCGCUUGGUGAAAAGCACCAGCGCUCUUUUACUCUCCAAUUGGGCAGCGCCGAACAGCUGCUUUGGUUUGACUCGGGGCCAAUUGGUCGCCCUGAAGCUUCCCAGAAGAUUGCCGACGGGGUGAAACGCAGGUAUGCGGUCUUUCGACGAGCUGUGGUGCGGAACGAACCUUCUUUUCUUCCCUUGUGCGGUCGGUCUGCUACUCGAUCAAGCGGCAACACUGCUGUGGGAUGUCAUAAAACAAAUAGACACAAGAAAAAAGUAUUCUGGGGUAUCGACAGAGCGCGCCGUGUGCUGUGCCCGAGGGAGUUCCUUGAGAAUUUGUGGAGGCGUGACGACGGUGGAGACGCGGCGUCCUCUGUGCGACUGGUGUUGAGGUCGAUGCUGCCAAGGGCAGUACAAGAAGAAGCACUGCUGCUGAGGGACGCGUGGAGAGAAAUUGUCGAUACAAGUCCAAUCCCCCUUGCUGAAAAAAACGCCGGCCCAAAAGACACAACUGCCUCGCUUCACUACCUCUUUCUCAGCUCCACUUCUUUCGCCGACACGCGCACACUCUGUCUCUCGAUCGUGUCUUCGAGGCUCUGGUCAACCGCAUAAACUAGAGAUACCGGGUUCAACGGUCUACUACUUAUGCAAGUUCCGAUUAGCUUCGAACUUCGGCGCGCAGCAAGAUAAGACGACCGAGUAAAGCUUGUGGCAACAGCGGAAUUUUUUUUACAUGCGAUCGCAUGUUCCUGUGGAGAAGGGCAGAGCGGGGAUGGAGGGGGGUGCGUGGC